GACGUCACCAUGACAAUCCACAGCGGAAUACCUGCGAUCCUUUGAAAUCGGCUUCUUUAUAAUCGUUUUUGUUAUGAGAAUAUUCGUUUGAGAAAAGAUAUAGAGUUAAGCAUUCACAUGCCCCCUGUGCAUGUGAGUAAGCGUUCUCCGGGUUCGCCCAGGCAGUGUGCCGCCGGAGGGAUGGAUGCUGUCAGCUAUGAAGACUUGCUGGUGGCUCAAUAUCUUGAUGGAUUGAAGAAAGAGAGAUCAGCUUCUCAAAGGAAGAGGUUGGUGAAAUCUCCCAAGAACCCCUCCCCUUACCUCCAGCGCCUCGCCCACACCGACAUCAUCGGUACUGCUGCGGGAGACACGAGGGGGAGACCACGCCCACAGUCCAGUCGACGCCCGUUUUCGGCAGCCCAGACCUCCUCGCGGUCGGAGCGGGAGCGGAAGCGCAUCCACGCCAGAUUCGUGGUUGAUCCACCGAAGCAGAAUGGAGUUGGGGAAGAGGAGGUCGAGGAGAAAACCAAGGGUAAACACCGGCCGGCGAGUGCCCCGGUGUAUAAGUCAAGGCCAUGGAGUGGACGGUCUGCUGCAUCGUCAAUGUCAACGUACUCCCAGCAUUCCAGGGGUAAGAUGCUGAACCGGUUACAGCCUCCUGUCAUCAGGGCCAUGUGUUAUAGGAACGGAAGCAGGGAGAAGUGUGUCAAGAUAACUGCACCUACCAUGAAAAUUUUCCUUGAGUACUGCACUCUGAAGCUGGACUUUGAGUUUGCAGCUCGGAGAAUCUUCCUUGAGGAUGGGACGGAGGUGAAGGGUGCGGAGGAGAUACCGAGGGACGGUGAGGUGUACAUCUCAGGAGGAGAACCGUUCAAGAAUCCUUUCAAGCCUGUUCAUGGUAUUGUGAAGAAGAACAUGCAUGCUGCCUGGACACUGGAUGGUGUUGUUCUACCAAGCAAUAAAAAGAAGACAAAGACUACACUCUCAAAGAGAAUGAGAAACAUGUUAUCAUCCGGGAUGCGUCGUGUGAUGGUUUUCAUCAACGGUGAUGCAGCAGAGUCUCAGGAGGUGGUGGCUAAUCUCGAACAAUUUAACCAGUUUUUGGACUCAUGUACAUCAAAGUUAAACCUCAACAGUCCUGCAAGAUUUAUCUAUACAUGGGAUGGACAGAAAUUAGAGGAUCUUAAUGAUUUACCCAGACUAGACGCUUGCCUGCAGAGUAGCACCACACCAAUCUAUGGACCAGUCUGGGUCUCCAAGGGGGAAAGGUUCAGUGCUUUAGGAGCUAAAACUUUCCUGACUGAGAUAGUGAAGAUCUGCAAGCAGCAGACCAAGAUGCACAAGACACGUCUGGGAGAGCUCAGGCAAGGCCGACAAGCAGCGGAGGACAGGGGCAAUGCAGGGGAGGUGGUGGUCAUGGAUAAGGAAAUUACACAGGUUGAGACUCUGAUAGAAGAUUUCCAUGAAGCGAGGAGUAAAAUGGAUGACAUCCUGGAUUCAAUCAGUGAUAAAGCUGCCAUGGAGAUGGAGGAAGGUCAUACGUUCAAAUCCAAGCACAUGAAAGAAUUAGACUCCUCACACAGGCUGGUAGGACAACAAGGAAUCAGACUCAAGGUGUAUGAGAAUGGAAGGAAUGAUGGAGAAGAGACUGUGUUCUUCAAUAUGAAGGAGGCUUCUAAGGGAGUUCAGGCAGAACAAAACCUUCUCAUGCAAAGGCUCCUUGAUACCAUAACCCGAUGGGUGAGACCAGAGCAGAAUACAACAGCUCUCAGCACGAUCGUCACCAAGAUCUUUAAUAACAAGGGCAAGGAGAUCACCAAUGUCUAUGAUCUGAAGAACGAUCAGAAAGUCUGGCUUUCAUUCGGAGAGCCAUAUAGAGACCCUCAUGUAUACUGUCUUCAGCUGACCUUAGAUAAAGCGAUAGGAUACAAGGAUUACUCCCAGGCGUAUGGAGAACCUCAGAGGGUGGUUGUGAGGGAGCCACUUCUUGCUGACCAGAUACCAGAAGGAGGAGAGAGACAUACAUCAUGGAUGAUCCGCGACAUGUACCCUGAGGAGGCUUUCCAGGAGAUCAAUGAAGACACGCCCCUGGAGUUGAGGGAGAAGGUCAAAGAAGACAUGAAAGUUCAUGACCUUCACCCCGAUGCGCACUUCCUACAACAUGAGGAUGAUGAAAGUUUGAUGUUAUAUCCUGAGGUGUCCGUGGCUGAGAAACAAAAAUCCUCUAAAGUCUGGCCUGUCAGGGCUCAGUCAUGGUGCAUUAAUAAAGACGGUGUGAUCUACAGCAAGUCACACCCAAAGUUAGCUCUCACCCUGAUGUUGAACCGUGGCCCUGAGUGGGAGAUUGAUGUCAAGUUUCCAGGGAGUUCCAAUGAGACUUAUGGCAUACCUGUGUGUCUCCUUGAGAGAGAGGAACGUAUGGAUGGCCAGCAGUGGGUUUUCUUGAACGACGGAAGAAUAGCAAACUGGGCGAACCAAAGUCUUCUGCUGACCUUUGCUGAAGCGCCCUCUAGUGACGACCAGCAGGGAAUGGAGAUGACAUUAUCAGGAGGGGGAGGAGGGGGCAAUGAGGGAAUCUCAGCCAGUGAUUGGCUCGGAGAUAACAGCCAAACCAACCAAUGGGAGGACGGCUAUGGGGCAGAAGAGGAGGAGGGUGACCCGCCCAAGCCAGGGUUCAAAGGUCACAAGUUUGUACUCCUGGGUAUGGAGAGGCUAUCUGAUAAACAUAGAUGGGCCAAGGCUCAGAGGUGGGCCUUGAAGCAGGAGAACCUGGAUCGCCCGAGAGAAUGGCGUCACAACGACCUGAUGUCAACGAACCCUAUGUGGAAUAAGUUAGCCUACUCCUGGCCCGUCGAUUGGAGAGGGGACAUCAAUAAGAACUUUGAUUGGCCGAUGGAAGGUUACUUCAUCGCCUAUGCCCCGCCCAUUAGGACUAAAAGCUCAGUGGGUGCUCUGGAGGAUACCAAUGAGGAAUACAGAACUGUUCCCUUGAGACUAAGAGUGAUGAAGAAUGGAGAGAAAGAUCUUAACAGGAUGGCAUAUGUAGUGGGCCCAGAUCUCACUAAUAUGAUGAAGGAUUUGAAUCGAACAGCUCAAAAUGGAAAGAGACCUCACAGGCAUCGACGGUCGGGAUCGAUGAAUAAGGAAGAUAUGGCAGCUAAGAUAAAGUCAAAGAAAGUGAAUCUCAAACAACUGGAGUUUCAGCUGUUCUUAGACAAGUGCACCCCACAGCUCAACCUACCCUUCGCAGCCCGGCGUCUCUUCAACGAGAACGGCAAAGAACUCACCACCUUAGAAGAUCUUGAUAGGGAUGCGUUGGUCUACGUGAGCAGCGGUGACUCCUGGCUGAACCCCAAGCUAACCACACAGCAGCAGCAGAGGAGGAUGCUUCUAGCGUCUCUCGCUGGUGACAUUGAUGCCAUCAAGAUGUAUUGUGCACUGCGAGACCCAGGUGCCAUGUGCCUUGAGGUUUCCGGCGCCCUUGGAGCUGGCAGUCCCCUCAUCGUGAACUCUUGUUGCCUCAGCGAUGAGGAUAGAGAGAAGCUAGCCCGAGGACCUACCCCAGAGCAGCCCCAGGAUGAGCCACCGCCGCCGGGCGAUCCCUAUGAAAACAUGAGUGCCCACCAGAAAGCCCACAUGAUAGCAGACCAGAAGCAGGAAGGUUUGAAGUGGCCGUGGGAGAAGGUUCUUAACAUUGGUCUUGAAGAGGUUUCCGAUGCUAACAACCAAUCAGGAGGCGAGGCUGACGGAUAUACCAACCCAGACCUUUAUCAUAAACUCAAACCUAAAGCCAAGUCGCCCCGGCCCGCCAACCCUCGUCAAUCCCACCAGAGGUUUAUCUACAUGGAUGGUUACAUCGCCUGCAAGACCACGCCCUAUCUGGUUCUAGGUCCUCUAGAUCCCAGUACGGACAGCUCUCCGGUCGUAAUCUGUAAGAAAGAUGCUGACAAUGCCUAUCUGAGGUGGACCAUCGGUGAUGAUGGUCUGAUCCGAUGCAAGGCCAACGAGGACCUGGUCCUGACCUGUUCCCUUCCUAACGCAACUCCUGGUGACGGUUCACCCCCUCCUAGCCUGACCGGUCAGUCGGUGGUCCUGCAGCCGGUCAAGCCCGAGAAGAACGGUCGGGCUAACCAGAUCUGGGCUACAGAGAAGGAGACUGGGUUCAUAUUUGGCAUGGCAGCGGAAUUCAGAGACAGGGAAAUCACAGCAGCCAAUAGAGCCAAUGUCUGCACAUUUGCAAUCGCCGACUCGGAAGCAAUAGAACAGCCAGGCUAUACAAUGAAGGGCAAUAACAAAGAAGAGCCACCCAUGACGGUAUGCCUGGCCUGCUCGAGAACGCUGAGGGCGCAAUAUAAGCUUGACAAACUGAGCCAGCCGACAUCGUUUAGCUGCUCGGUUGGCGUCGCUCAAAAGGAAGGGCAGAAGAUCAAGGGGUGUCUGCAAUUCUUAGGAGGCAAGGUUGACCUGUCAGCGUUUGAAGCGACUAACACCGUGGCACACUACGAAGGCGAACUCAAGCGACUGAGGCAGAUGACCAGCGCUAGAGUGAUUGCAAGAGAGAUAUCAGCCUACAAACCGGUUCAGACCGUCCGUAUCGUCGCCUACAAGAACGGUGAAGGCCGCAACCAGUCCGGUGUCAUCGUCUGUGGGUCGACUCUCAGAGGGCUUCUGGACCAGUGUACCUACGCCCUGCAGUUACCCACAGCGGGAAGGCGUAUAUAUACCCAGGAUGGCACAGCAAUCCUGACGUUAUCAGACCUACAUACGUGGAAGGUGACAUGCUAUGGCAUGCAGAAUCUGGAUCUAGGACCAGAUAUAGAUACCAAGGAUGAGGUGAAGAUGAAGCGGGCCAUCACAGAGAAUUUACGCACAGAACUCUUCAACCGACAACCAGUUGAGGUUUGGGUGUCACAAGGAGAGCCCUUCAAACCACCAGAACAGGUGGACUAUGCACGUGCCCUCAAGGCAGAACUAAGAGAGGAAAGGGCAAAGGUCAUGUUGGAGCUGGAGAAAGAGAAGCAUGUUCUGAGACAGAUGCAAGGAAGAAGAACGGCAGGACAGAGCAUCCCUGAGUACGUACCAACCCUCAGCCCUGAUGAACCUGUCUUGGUUGAAGGAGGGUGGACCAAGCCGAGCGUGACAGAGGUCAAGAAAAGUAUCCAGGUCAAUCAACUGGAGAAUCAUCUUUCAGAAGUGAAGGCCCAUCAGAAAUCCAGAGACCCUAACUCGUCCACCAAACCCAUUAUUGAUUCUAGUCGCAAACUAUACAGUCAACCAACAAAGAAACGUGUGAUGGUGUAUAAGAAUGGUACCAGCGAGGACCAAGCCCAGUAUGUAUGGGGUUCAUCGUUAGAAGAGAUCCUCACAGAAGCUACUGUGAAACUGGGUCUACAUAAGACGGCCACUCAGCUCUACACCGCCACUGGGGGCGCUGUUGCAUCGUUCGAUGAUGUCACAAGGGACGACGUGCUGUGCGUUUCCUAUAAGGAAUCUUUUAAAGGCGCUAAAGGAAGCAGAAACCAAGUGGAGGUGAAGGCAAACUGGUCCAGAGCGCGUAAGAGGGACGGAGAGUCAGCUACUGAUAUCAUGAUCACGGCUAAUACACAUCCUAACAUUGAGGUGGACCCGUUUGGACCUCCAGCCCUGGCCCUUCCUGCUCCUGGUGAUAAAUAAUUUAGAGAAACAGAGAGAGGAGUAGACAACGGAGAAUUAAGCUCUGUAGAUUCACUAUCAGCCAAUCAGAUUGAAGGAUUUCAGUAGCUUUUAACUGUUAAUGCAAAUUUGUUAUUGUAACCAGUUUUAUGAAACAGACCCAUGGUCAUGACAAUUUGCCAUAAUAAUCAAGUCUUUUGUGAUAGUCAUUACUGGGAAAACAAGACCUAAUUGUUUUGACUUGAGUGAUUUUCUGACUUAUUGAUUGAAGGUUGACUUAUGCAGACCUAACUGUAUUAUGAAUACCAUGAGACAUCAUACAUGUACUAAAUAGUAAUACUACCCCUACGGCAAAACGCAGUAUCUUACUCUUUUUUUUCACAUGACACAUCCAGUUUUCUGAAUUUUUGGGGGUAAAGCCACUUUCCAGUAACUGCAAAUGCUGUCUUUACACUGAUCGUAGGGUUUCCACAUGGAAAAACACAUUAUCUACGUUUUGCACAAGUUGAGAUAUAAUUUAGCAUUUGAUUUUUUUUCAAAGCCGCUCAAAACUAUGUCAUUUCUCAAGUAUUUCAUUAUAAUCAGAUUAUAGAUGAUGUGUGUGCCUAUUUCAGACCCCCCAAAAAAUGUUGUUUGUGUUGUCAUACAUGAGAAAUGGACAAAAAUAUAGAUUCAAAGUGAAUACAUUUAUCACCAUCAUAAAUGUACUUGAUAAUGGUGAUCUGGGAUGUGGCAGUGAUCAUUGUACUGUGUAUAUGUAGUAAAUGUCAUAUGAUUCAAACCCUCUGGUUGUGCAAUGUCGUAUAGUAGCGUGCUUAUUACAAAAAUGUGUAAUAAAUUCUAUCCUAGGCUAUAUGAAUCGUUUCAAGUAUGUUUUGUAAUUUUUAUAUGUAUAAUUGUAUUGCAAUAGGUCUUCUUGUGGCAUUUGGUAAGGGUUUGGUUUUCCAGUCUUAUUUUUUGCUGUUUAGAAUAAUAAUAACAAUAUUCUGCACUCGUAUGCCAUGUGGAGCGUUGUGGCCCAGUGGAUUAGUCUUCGGACUUUGAAACAGAGGGUCGUGGGUUCGAAUCCCAGCCAUGGCGUAAUUUCCUUCGGUAAGAAACUGAUCCACAAUGUGCUGCACUCGACCCAGGUGAGGUAAAUGGGUACCGGUAGGAAGUAAUUCCUUAAAAAGCUGUGUGCGCUAUGAACGCCUAGCUUAGCCGGGUAAUAUAGGAGCGCCUUGAGCACCUAACAAGGUGGAUAUGUGCACAAUAUAAAUACCCUAUAUUAUUAUUAUUAGUAUUAUAUAUCACAAUAUCAUCUAACGUCUCUUAACGCUUCAUAAGAACUUUGAAUAUUAUGCAUUCAUUGAUUAGAAAACAAAUUGAUGAGAAUCACCUUGUAGUAGGGAUCAACUACUAGUACUUAGCCAAACAAGAAUUAUUAUAAUGAAAAAUUUGUUUGUACCUUUGACAGAGCUAAAAAAGGUUGAAUGUUUUUAUUGAUAGAAACUUUUGAAUGUAAUACCAAAUCUACUCUGUUGGGUGCAAGAAGUCAUUUAGAAAUUUUAUUUAAGGGUGAUGGUAAUGAAAACUUCUAUUACUAAGCCAUGAGUAGGGGAAUUCUGUUAAUGAAUAUUUAAGUAGGUGUAUAUAUUUGAUACCACAUUGAAUGAAAAUAUGUUUUAUUAUGAUGCAUAUUAUUGUCACCAUUUAAGUUUCACCUUAUUCCAUUUUCAUCAACCGUUCAUUCAUUUUCAUUGAUUUUCAGUUUAAAGCUACAUGUAAAUGAACGUAGUUGCCGUAAAACACUGAUUUCGUGAGAAAGUCUGUAAAACCAAGGUAAAGUAUUGAUAUAUCAUUGUGGAUCUAGAUCAGGUACAGUUACAUACACUGAACUUUGUGAAAUCAUAAUAUCUAGCUAAAAAACGAUCACACUGAAGAUCGCCAACACAGAUAGGCACACGUGGGACAGUGUAUUAUUAUUGCUGGAAUAAAGACCCGACAGAAGUGACCGAAUCUGCGCUUAUUUUGCUUAUUUCUCAGCAAUUACACAAUUUCUUCCAGAAUCCUUUGGCACAUAUUUUUUAUUCAUACAAACAGACACUUUGGUGAUCAUUAUAUUAAAUUCUGUAAAAAGUCAUUUUGAGAUCGUUCCCACAACUGGAAUUUAUCUUUAAUUUUAGCAUGAAAAUUUAAUCUUAGUAUUACCAUUAUCACCAUCAUUUGAUUAGUCAGAAAACACAUGUAAGUAGAGAGAAAAGGAUACAUCAUCUUCAAGUCAGCCACACGAAAUAUCCUAAGUUUAUUUGCAUUGAAUUCAUAUUCAUUUUCAUCAAUCAAAUUAGUUAUAAGAGUGAGUUUUACUCAAAUUGUCACAGUCUAGCAAGUAAGCAAUGCUACAACUUAACAUUUUCCAGUUAUGUAUUUUUGUUGGAAUGUAUUUUUUGUCAGUUGUCUCAGUCUGUUUACACGUGUACAUGCUCUUAGAAAUGCCAUGCGACCUUUUUUAUAUUGAUUUAUGUUUUCUCACUCAACUAGUAAUAUCAUAGCUAGUUUUAUUUUCUUCCUCAUUUUCUAUUUUAGUACAAUGGUCGUGAAAAUUGUAUUCAAUACAUGAAAUGUAAUGUAAAUUUACUGUUGUGUAUUCAUUCUCCACUCUGUAUAUCUUGUUUGUAAAUGAAUCUCAAAUUUGAUAGUGAUAUGUAUAUAGUGGUAUAAACCUUGGUUGAAAUAAUGAAUUUUAACACUACAGUGGCAGAUUUCAAUGUAUAGAAUUUAUUAUAAAAGAAUUUUUCAUUAAUUGCAAGCUUGAAACACCUUGAUAUUGAAAAUAUAUAAUUAUAUCAGUCUGUAAAGAAGUAAUAGCAUGUGAUCUUUUUUCUUCUUUUUUUUUACUAUCUGAUAGCAGGUCAUUUUUCUGAUUUAUUUCAUUACCUCUAUAUGCAUUUAGAUGUUUUUGCACUAUUUUUCAAAUUGACAAUUUCUAAAUCAUCUACUUUGAGAUCAUAUUUGUAAAAAAAAAAGUCCUGUAUUUAAUUUGAUACAUCUUUUGUGAAUUUGUGGAUGCAGACAACCGGCCAACUUACCCUAUUUCUCAGAAAAAGAAUUGGUGAAUGAGCAAGGACAAGUCAUGAAAUCUAAUGUUUUAGGAGGAAUAAAUGACCAGUAUAGAGUGUGAUCAGAUUGGUAUGAAAAUGCGUCCUGUUGUAUGAAUUGAUAAAAUUCUCGAUUAAAAUCAUUUCUGUAGAAAUGAUCAAUAGAAUGAUUUGAUGAAUAUCACAUGGAA